AAAAAAAAAAAAAAAUCGAUUGACUACUUUUUUGUUAUUUAUGGACUAUUGGGCUGUCCAUUCUCCAGGUAUUUGGUAGUUACCUGGGUUUUAUUUCUCUUUCAAGUAAUUUGGUGUGUUAUCGCAAUUGUUGUGGUUUGAAGUGGUCAGCAAACCUGGAAAUGUUGUAUCAUGGAGCUCUUAUUAGUUCACGAAAUAGGGUACCCGAUCUUUGCUGGUUGGUUGGUUGGUUAAACUCCGGUGUUAUUGAAACUAUGGAAAAUCAGGUUGUUUGCCUGAAUCUGUAAUCUGCUACUGGAAACUUCUUUUGGCCUUCGUUAUUAAGGUUUGGUUAGGUUAUAAACUGGGUAGCUGCACGCCUGCACGAGUUUACCAUGUGUUUGAUGUUAUGCUCAUGGUGGUAAGAGCAUUUGGCUGCCAAAUGCUCGGCUACUUUUCACCUGGCGGAUGAAUCCGUGCUCUCAUUGGGCUUUGGAAUAAGUGAAUUUUUUUUUUCGUUUUUUCUCUUUUAAUUUUUUAAAUAAAAUAAUCAUAAAUAUAUUCAAAUAAAAAAUUUGAUGAAAAAUUAGUAUAGUAGGGAGCAAAAUUCUUGUACUUCAUCGUCGCAAGGGGUUUUGGACGGUUAAAGGUUCAUGGAUCAUGGUCAUCAAUGAAUUUAUGUUCAUCAAAAUUGGAGAAAAAUUUUCCCAUUUCCCAAUUUUAGCUGAAUGUGUGCACCUGUAUGACUAUUAAGUAAGACCAGUUCGUUAUUUCCGUACCUUCUCCAAGAUGACAACUCAAUUGUCUGUUGAGCUGGGUGAAACUAUGAUUGAUACUGCGACGAGGAGUUGGGAUUCAGAUGUGGAUUCCUACAUAGGAAACUUCUUGUCUAACUGGAACAACGUGAGGAAAGUGAUCGGCCUAGACGUUGAACGGAUAAUUGAUGAAGGUUCAGAAGAAACAGAAGAUUACCGUAAAGGAAGUAACUGGUCAGAGAGGAAGAAUAAUGAAAGAAAAGUCACGGACGAAGACCCAAAACGGACCGUGAAUGAAGAUUCGGCAAUGAAAAGCCGAGUGGCAAUUUCGCAACUUUGUGAUGGCGAUACAUGUCUUAUAAUUCAGCUUCCUUUUCUCGAUUCCGUACCCAAUUCUCUCCUCAAAAUUCUCCAGCUUCCAGAUUUGCAUUUGUUGGCAUAGGGAUAAAAGAAAUUAUUGCCAAGUUAGAGAAAGAGUAUGGGCUAGGAUGCAAGAAUGCCGUGGAGUUGGGACAAUUGGCCUCCAGCGUUAUGCGAAUGCCUCGCUUGGCAGCUUGAGGGGUGGACUUUCUGGCUCUAAUUGAUGAUUCACUGAAGCUUGACAAACCCACUAGCGUAGUUUUUAGUGACUGGGGUAAAGAGCGUCUUAACAAGGAGCAGAUUAAGUGUGCUGCAGCUAAUGCUUUUGCCUACUUCAGGAUAGGGAACAAGUUAUUAUCUGGUUAGAUCUCAGGUGCAAGCUCAGUGGGAGUUUGGGGGGAGCUAUCCUUUUGUUUGGUAGUUUCUGCAAUAAUGGAGGUUGUUACGUGUUUAUGUAUAGUUUUCUUUUAACUAAUGAAUAGCGAAACAUCGUU